AUGGGUAGAGAAAACCAGACAUGGAUGUGUGAAUUCAUUCUGCUUGGAUUGUCCAGUGCCUGGGAGACUCAGGUCUUCCUCUUUGUCCUGUUCCUGGCCAUGUAUCUGGUGACUGUGCUGGGGAACUUCCUCAUCCUCCUCCUUAUCAGGCUGGACAGCAGGCUCAAUACACCCAUGUACUUCUUCCUUGGUGUCCUGUCAUUUGUGGACAUCUGUUAUACCAAUAGCACUGUCCCACAGAUGCUUGUUCACUUUCUGUCAGCCCGGAAGUCCAUUCCAUUCCACAGCUGUGUGCUCCAGCUGUGUGUCUCCUUGGCAAUGGGCAGCAUGGAGUUCUUCCUGCUGGGGGCCAUGGCCUAUGACCGCUAUGUGGCCAUGUGCCACCCACUGCACUACACACUCAUCAUGCAUGGAGGGCUGUGCGUGGGGCUGGCGGCCGGCUGCCUGGUGGCUGGCUUCUCAAAUUCACUGAUGGAAACAAUUACCACCUUCCAGCUUCCCCUGUGUCACAAUGUUAUCAAUCACUUUGCCUGUGAGACCUUAGCAGCGCUACGGCUAGCCUGCGUGGACGUCUCCUUCAACAAGGCCAUGUUGGCCGUCUCAGGGUUUCUGGUGAUCCUGCUUCCCUGUUCACUGGUCCUAUUCUCCUAUGCUCGCAUAGUUGCUACUAUUCUUCGUAUUCCUUCUGCCCAGGGACGCCGCAAAGCCUUUGGGACCUGCGCCUCUCACCUCACUGUGGUUUGCAUGUGCUUUGGGGCUACAAUGUUCACCUACAUGAGACCUGUGGGUGGCUCCUCCGUGGAACAGGAGAAGAUGGUUGCCCUCUUUUAUGCCGUCGUGACUCCAAUGCUUAAUCCCUUAAUCUACAGCCUGAGGAACAACGACGUGCGGAGUGUCUUACAAAGAGUGUUGGAAAAAUUUAGUGAAAAAGGAUGA